ACUGCGCCCUCCAGGAGGCCGUCUCCACGCUCUCCGGCCGCAGAACUCCGGGCGCAUGGAGGCUAUAGAGGUGUCCGAGCCGAGCGGCCAGGGGGCCACCCCCGAGCGUCGUGGGCCUCGCUGCCAGCUCCUGCCCGGCUUCCGAGAGGAGCUGCGGGCGCUCCUGAUUCUGGCGGGCCCCGCGUUCUUGGCCCAGUUGAUGGUGUUUCUGAUCAGUUUCGUGAGCUCCGUGUUCUGUGGCCACCUGGGGAAGCUGGAACUGGACGCCGUCACCCUCGCGAUUGCGAUGAUCAACGUCACUGGAAUCUCGGUGGGCUUUGGCUUAUCUUCUGCUUGUGACACCCUCAUCUCCCAGACGUAUGGGAGCCAGAACUUGAAGCACGUGGGGGUCAUCCUGCAGAGGGGCACCUUGGUGCUGCUUCUCUCCUGCUUCCCCUGCUGGGCACUCUUCGUCAACACCCAGAACAUCCUGCAUCUCUUCAGGCAGGACCCAGCCGUGUCCAGGCUUACCCAGGACUAUGUCAUGAUCUUCAUUCCUGCCCUGCCUGCAAUCUUUAUUUACACGUUACAAGUUAAAUUUUUGCUCAAUCAGGGAAUCAUACUGCCCCAGAUCCUCACCGGAGUUGUCGCCAAUCUUGUCAACGCCCUCAUCAACUAUCUGUUUCUCUAUCAACUGGAUCUCGGGGUGAUGGGGUCGGCACUGGCAAAUACCAUUUCCCAGUUCACCCUCGUGCUGCUCCUCUUCCUGUACAUCCUCUGGAGGAAACUGCACCAAGAUAUCUGGGGAGGGUGGUCCCUUGAGUGUCUGCAUGACUGGGCCGGCUUCUUCGACCUGGCCUUCCCCGGCAUGCUCAUGCUGUGCAUUGAGUGGUGGGCCUACGAGAUCGGGAGCCUACUGAGCGGUAUCCUCGGCAUGGUGGAGCUGGGAGCCCAGUCCGUGGUGUAUGAAGUGACCGUCAUUUUGUACAUGAUACCUUCAGGCUUCAGUGUGGCCACCAGUAUCCGGGUAGGGAAUGCGCUGGGCGCUGGAGACAUCGAGCAGGCCAAGAAGUCCUCAACUGUCGCCUUGCUGGUCACAGGAGUCUUUGCUAUAACCUUCUGCGUCCUGUUGUUAAUUUUUAAGGAUCUGGUGGGGUACAUUUUCACUAGCGACCGAGAAAUCGUGGCUCUGGUCGCUGAGGUGAUUCCGAUCUGUGCUGUUUCCCAUGUGUUCGAAGGUCUUGCUUGCACAAGUGGUGGCAUCCUGCGGGGAAGUGGCAACCAGAAGGCUGGGGCCAUGGUCAAUGCCGUCGGGUAUUAUGUGGUUGGUCUCCCUGUCGGGAUCUCGCUGAUGUUCCUGGCCAGACUGAAAGUGCUGGGUCUGUGGUCAGGGAUCAUUAUCUGUGUGAUCACACAGUGUCUGUGUUUUUUCAUCUUUAUUUCUCAGCUAAACUGGAAGAAAGCCUGUGAAGAGGCUCGGGUACAUGCCAAUGUGAGACUAAAUGUGGCCCGGACUAGGACCCAGUCUGUGGCCCAGCCUGCAGUCUAUCAGAACAUAGCGGUGGUCCCAAGGAACCAGCGAAGAGUGUUAAGGAGAGCUGUUGUACAAAGAGACGAGACUCCAUUGGAUCUGCAAAUGAGCCAAGACGCUAGGAUGACCGGGAGACAGUUGGUGCUGUGGCGUGGGCUCCUGCUCCUGGGGGUCAUUUCAAUCUUGCUCCUAGGGAUUUUACUGAGAGUGUAUAUCAGAGUUGAGGGAUAGGCAAGAGAGAGUCAGGUCGAGCGAUACUUUUUGAGUUGACAAGUAACGCACCGGCCAAGCGGUGGAAAUUUGUUUUCAGUUAAGCAGUUCUACUUUGUGAGUUUACAAGUAACGCACAGGCCAAGCGUUGGAAAUUUUUCAGUUAAGCAGUUCUACUUUGUGAGUUUACAAGUA